UUCUGUCGCCCCUCUCCUUCCAUUUUCUUUUAGCUUUUUCUGAAACGAAAGCCGCAUAACCCAAGAGAAAGUACUGAGUGUGCUGCCGUCCUUGCGGUGCUCUUGUCGAGGGCCUCGCGAGUGUUCCAUGACUGUGAGAGACAUUUGAAUCGUUGAAUUCGCGAGGACAGAGGAAAUACUUUCGGAUUGUUGUUUGGACGAAGUUUCGGUCAAAAUGAAACGAGAAUGCUGGUUACUGUGCAACUUGCAAGUACCGUGUCAACGGUCAUUUCCUCGACUGAACACGACGGAUGAGUAGUAGAAAAUCAUGUCGAUUUUUCCGUGCUAAGUUGCGCUCUUGCAUAAAGCGCAUAUAGCGAGCUUUCUCUUUGCUGUGUGUUCUUUCUCUCUUGCUAUUCCGUAUCUCCCCUUCUCCGCCUUCCGCAGAAGUUUUCGUCGCAAAAAACGUGGUCAUAUCGUGCCCUCCCUCCACUGCUGGUUCCAGCCCCAAUGUCUAUUUUGUCUUCAGUCUCUUCCCUGGCGCUGUUCCGUCCGAAUCUUUUUUCAUUUUUUUUUUCGUCCUACGUUUCUUCUCGUCUCUUCUGUCCCGUCCUUCCCUCGGUCCAAAGUGCAAAUCGCGCUGCAGAGAAACUGCAUAGUGUCACUCGUGUUCAGUCCUCUUUGUCCAACUAUGCACUGGCGGUUUCGCGCUCCCGUCCUCGAUUUGAGGGGCUUGCUAGCGUCGCUGUCUCCCCGCAAACUCGUAGAAGGGAAGCAUGGGGGACGCUAUGUGCCCUCUUGUCUUUCUCGGGGAUUGGCACUGCGCGGGAAUGUGCCACCUCUAGAGUCGAGAAACGCGCAGGUAUCCCGCGGUUCUAAUGUGGCGGAAGACGGACACGAGCAACAGAGAGAUUCGUGUGCAUCUGCUGGGCGUAUCGAGUUUGUUUCUUUCCCCUCUGCUUCUGCGCAGAGACAAGCUGCUGUUUCUCCCGCCUUUUUUCGACUGUCCUGCCCCCGCUGUAUGUGGCACAGAGGCACACUCAGUCUGCUCUGUAGUAGUUGCCGCUAUGUAGUUCGUAAGUGGCACGUUCCGAUACUGGGUGUGGACUGCAAUGCCAAUCCUCGCCACAAACAAGCUCUCAGUGUGCCGGCGCCUCGCAGCAGAGGCAUUCCUAAACACCUGUAUCCAUUUCUUGUAGGCAAACAGUAUCCACGACAUCCACGCUGGCGCCAAGCCUUCACGCAUCGCAGUCGCAUGGGCAAAUACAAACCGCAGGUGGCACGAAACGGAUAAAAGCGGUCAGAGGGCCAGCCGGAGUGUGUCUCACGAAAUGGAUGUACAUAUCUAGGUGUGUAUAUGUAUUUGAGACCGGUGUUGUGAGCGUGUAUUUGCAGACUGUUGCCUUACGCGCGCGUUCACAGAAACACGCCACGGUUUCGGUGUAGAGCUUUGUGUUGUGUUGGAAACCCAUUCGCCGGCAAAUCAAUUGUCUGAGAAAUAUCGCCUGGUUGCUCUGCGUUUUUCCGAAGUGCGUCGGGUUUCAAUGCAGUCUUGUUCCAGUUUUACGGACACUCAGCGAACGGCGUUCCUCCAACACUUGAGUGAUACCGACCGAAAGGGGGACGCUGACGGGUCUGAACGAAUUUUCGUUGUCCACGUCGGGGAACGGACAACUGAGCACGUUGGGUGCGUGGAAGAUUUGUGUUUCUCGAAACAUCUGCUGUCCUCUGUAAUUCUGAAUCUGCGUUUACGGCACAGUGGUUCUUGUCAUUU